AUGGACCCUGAUGAGGAGAUUACACGAGUCCUAACAACAGAAAACUUCCAUGGACCAAAAAAUUUAGUUAUGUUCAGUUAUCGUGUAGGUAUGGUGAAUUUCACUGAAUUAAUCGUUAUAAGCAGCAAUGGAUUCCUUUCACAGGACAAACAAUUCGUCCCGAUAGCGAAUACUGAACAUUUGAUCAUUCAUUAUGCAUACGAUGGCAAUCUGAUUCCAAUUGAUUCUGAUGAAGCGAAACUUUACUUACAAAAAGAAUAUCAUCAUGAUGCACCCACUCUUCCAACAACAUUACUGAAGAUGAAUAAAAAUGAAGAAUCGGUUAAGAUCGAGAGCAGAGUGUCAGAUGAAAAUGUCGAAUCAGCACAGCAGACAAUUGAUGAUGAUGAACAGCAUACAAUUUCAAGUGAUCUAACCGAACAGAGCGAAGCUGCAGAUGAUCUAGCAACACCAAGUAGUCAAGUGGAAACUUCGAAUCAAACGAACAAACGAAAGAAGAUCUUGAAUCGUUUCAAUUAUUGUGAACAAGGCAUUCAAACAUAUUCUUCACCUAGCAAAGAUGUUAUGACAUUGACUGAUCCGAUACCGAAUAAGAAAUUUGUUGGAUUAGCGAACCAACGAAUAAUCUACCAAGAAUAUACGAUUGAUUAUACCGAACAAGUAUCUAAACUCUACUCUUUAGACAGAAGAAUACUACCAGAAUAUUUUCAGGAAAAAGAUAAAGACAAAAGGAAACAGAAACCAAACUAUGGGCUAAGUAAAGACAUACUGGACAGGAAAAUAAUGAAAACGAAUCGCCUCAAGCCAGAAACUAUUGUCAAGCGCCGUCAAGUGCAAGUUCUAAAAUCCAUCGAACGUAUUUUGAAUCAAAAUCGAUAUCAUGAAAUGAUUUAUAAUUUCAAAUAUUUCGAAGAUCAAACGGAUGAAAUACGUGAUCCGAUGGGCACAUUAUUUCCUUUAUGGAAGUUUGCAUCGACAAUCCCUAACCGAUCAGUCACAGCAUUAGCAUGGAACCCAACUUAUUCAGAUAUGUUAAUCAUUGGAUAUGGACUCUAUGAUCGAGCUGAACGUGUUCAAGGUACAAUAGCGAUUUUUACGUUGAACAACAAUCACCCAGAUACGUUGAUUCAUACGGAGAGUACUGUUCUGUCUAUUGAUUGUUUACCCUCUCGAUCAUAUCUUAUUUGUGUUGGAUUAAUGGAUGGUGAUGUGAUUGUUUAUGAUAUAUCAAUCUCAUCUGGUAAAGCUGUGUUUAUCAAUUCAUCAUAUACAUGUAAACAUCUCGGAUGUGUAUGGCAAGUUCAAUGGUGUACAUCACCCGAUGAUCAUUAUCCUCGAUUUUGUUCGGUGGGAAGUGAUGGUAAAGUGAUUCGAUGGACAUGUAUUAAGGGAGAAUUGAGACAAGUGAUUCUAUUGACUUUACCAAGUGCAACAAAAUCAACGCGACUGGAUGAUGGUACCCUUUUGACUUUGCCAGGUCCUGCCCUUGCAUUCGAUUUCCAGCGGCAUCAUAAAGAGACAUUUCUUGUUGGAACCGAAGAUGGCAAGAUUUAUAAAGCGUCUAUGAAUGAUCCGGGAAUAAUUGAUAUGACAUUUGACGCUCAUGAUUUUGCUGUUUAUUCAGUACGAUGGAGUCCUUUUCAUCCGAAUACUUUUGCUUCGUGUUCUGCUGAUGGAACAGUCAAAUUAUGGCAUGAACAAUUAUCCGAAUGUUUGAUGAAAUUCGAUUUGUGCACAAGCUUACAAGACGUUGUUUGGUCGCCGUAUACAUCGACAUUAUUUGCUGUAGCUGGUGCAGAUGGCAAAGUUUACAUAUUCGAUAUUCAUUCCAAUAAACUCGAACCUAUUUGCGAACAACUGUUAGCAAACGAAUCGGGAAAAUCAUGCACAAAAUUGGCUUUCAAUCCUAUUCAUCCGAUUCUAUUAGUUGGAGACGAAACUGGUUGGACGAAUUGCUUGAAACUGUCACCUAAUCUUCGCAAGAAAGCUAAGGUGCGAAAAGGUAUCGAAUAUCCUGCAAAUUAUGACCCUGAAUUGGAUAAACUCGCUCAAGAAUUAGCUCGCACGACUGCUGGUGAUUUGAUGCAAGAUAGUCUCUAUGUUCAAAGUAAUAGCAAUGAAGAUUGA